UGUUUGUGGGCGCAAGCUCGCCGCCAACGUCACGAAAUAACAACCGAUUUCUCGUUUUGAAUCGACUUGCCCAGUAGAGAGAGCUGUUGCUAGGCUAGUUGUUUUUCCCCCUCUUCGAGUACUGAAGCGGAUAUUGUAACUAGCCAAGUAUCGAGGCGUCAAAGAGGAGCCAUACGACGAAGUGUCGUGCCAGUCUGGGCGAGCGGAUCUCACAUUCCCGGCCUUGCCAUGGACGAGCAGGCAGGCCCCGGUGUGUUUUUUAACAACAAUAACAACGCGGUGUUGCCCGGGGGAGUGAAGGCACCACAGCCGGGCGACGUCGGAGGCGGAGAGGCGGCGAGGGCUCAGUACAGUAUUCCGGGGAUCCUGCACUUUCUGCAGCACGAAUGGGCCCGUUUCGAGGUAGAACGAGCGCAGUGGGAAGUGGAACGGGCCGAAUUACAGGCUCAGAUUGCCUUCCUGCAGGGGGAGAGGAAGGGCCAGGAGAACCUGAAGAAGGAUCUGGUGAGGAGGAUCAAGAUGCUGGAGUAUGCUCUGAAGCAAGAGAGAGCAAAAUACCACAAGCUGAAGUAUGGGACAGAGCUCCAGCAGGGAGACAUGAAACCACCUAGCUAUGACUCAGAUGAUGGGAACGAGAAUGAGGCCCUCCCUGAGCCACCCAACAGCCAGCUGAGCUGGAAGCAGGGGAGACAGCUGCUGAGACAGUACCUCCAGGAGGUGGGCUACACAGACACCAUCCUGGAUGUAAAGUCCCAGAGGGUAAAGGCACUGCUGGGUCUGGCUGGGGACAAUGGUGGGCAGAGUGGCGGAGAGCACAGGCUUGAGCCCAUGGUGAACGGCACGGAGCCUUCCUCGCUGAAGACCACCACCACCACCACCACCACCACCAUGAUGGGGAAACCAGAAACAUCAGACUCGGCAACAGUCUUGGAGGCCUUUAAGUUCAUUGAGAGUGCAGCGGCUGAGUUCAGUGAUGAGGAUGAUGAUGAAGACAGUGAGGAGAGGGACAAGACCAUCAUCGACUUGGCAACGAUGGUAAGGAAGAAGGUGUCUGGGUCUCCCUCCUCCUCAUCAUCUGAUCUGAGUGAUGACCCAGACACUGAAGAGGCUCUGAAGGGCUUUGACUUCCUAGCCAGCAGCGAGGACAUGGAGGCGUCCCCCGAGUCUCCCAGCACAGGAGAUGCUGUCGACUGGGAUAAGGAGGAGCACAGUCCCAUGUCGGAGGCCUGGGAGGUGGACCAGGGUCUGAUCUCUAAACUGAAGGAGCAAUACAGGAAGGAGCGCAAGGGCAAGAAGGGGGUGAAGAGGCCAAACAGGUCCAAGCUCCAGGACAUGCUGGCUAACCUGCGCGAUGCAGAGGACCUGCCCUCUAUGCAGCCCUCAGUAGCGCCCCCUGCCAGACCCAGCCUGCCCCGGCUCAACGAGCAUGACCUUACCCGGGCUGAUGAAGUGGAAGCCCUCACCUUCCCCCCCUCCUCGGGUAAAUCGUUCAUAAUGGGUGCAGAUGAGGCGCUGGAGACAGAGCUUGGCCUGGGGGAACUCGCAGGGCUCACAGUGGCCAACGAAGCAGAGAGUCUGGCCUAUGAUAUCACCAAUAACAAAGAUGUGCUGAGGAAGACAUGGAACCCCAAGUUUACUCUGAGGAGCCAUUUUGACUCCAUCCGUGGCUUGGCCUUCCACCCAGUGGAGCCGGUGCUGGUCACAGCGUCUGAGGACCACACACUGAAAAUGUGGAACCUGCAGAAGACGGCCCCUGCCAAGAAGUGCGCUGCCCUCGACGUGGAGCCGAUUUACACAUUCAGAGGGCACAGAGGAGCGGUUCUGUGUGUGGUAAUGAGCAGCACUGGGGAACAGUGCUUCAGUGGCGGGGUGGAUGGAACCAUUCAGAGCUGGAACACUCCUAACCCCAACAUUGACCCCUAUGACUCUUAUGAACCCUCUGUGCUGAGGGGGGCGCUGUGUGGUCACUCUGAUGCUGUGUGGGGCGUGGCGUAUAGCUCCGCCCACCACCGCCUGCUGUCCUGCUCAGCGGACGGGACUGUACGGCUGUGGAAUGCUGCAGACACCUCCCCUGCCCUGGCUGUCUUCAAUGAGGAUAAAGACCUGGGUAUCCCUUCCUCUGUCGACCUGGUGUGCAGUGAGCCUGCUCACAUGGUGACGGCCUUCUGUAACGGCAGGUCAGCUGUCUAUAACAUGGAGACCCAGCAGCAGGUGCUAGAGCUGGAGUCGCAGGACGCCGGAGAGCCAGAUGCCCCUCGUCACAUCAACAAAGUGCUUAGUCACCCAACGCUGCCCAUCACCAUUACAGCCCAGGAGGACCGACACAUCCGUUUCUACGACAACAACACAGGCAAACUGAUUCACUCCAUGGUGGCGCACCUGGACGCCGUGACCAGUUUAGCGGUGGACCCCAAUGGCCUCUACCUGAUGUCUGGAAGUCACGACUGCUCCAUCCGUCUGUGGAACAUGGAGAGCAAGACAUGCAUCCAGGAGUUCACGGCUCACCGCAAGAAGUUUGAAGAGUCCAUCCACGACGUGGCGUUCCACCCCACCAAGUGCUACAUCGGCAGCGCCGGAGCCGACGCCCUCGCCAAAGUCUUCGUAUGACCUCUGACCUUCUGCUUCUGUGGACCUCUGGCCUUGAGGCCCGGACAUGGACCUGAACCCAAUGGGUGGGAGACCCCUUUUAGAUCAGACCGAGGCCUCUCUUGGUGACUCGCAAGGCAGAGCUGUUUGGUUUGGAACUAGUGGUGAUGGUGCGGUUUAAGAAGCCUUGCUCAGCGGACCUAGCUCCGGCCCUCCCUUGCGUGAACCCCUGGCUGAAAUCCGUAACCCCUCAUCCGGGCAGGCCUGGGUGUGUGACGUGGGCAGGGACGUCCGGCUAUAGAAGCCUAGAGCAGCAGCAGCAGCAGCAGCAGCUGUAAUUUGCUGAGAGCGCCACUAGGAGGCUCUAAAGUUCAUCCCCCGCACCCCUCCACUGACUCCCAGCUCAGCCUCCUAUGCCUGUCUCACCUCAGCCCCCAGCCUCAUCCGAGUGUCUCACCUCCUCUCGUUUUAAACUGGUCAAUGACUACGUGCCUUUGCGUCCAAACAAGGUCUCUGAGUUAGCUUUCAGAUUUCAGUUGGGUUCGGACUUGACGAAACCAUCCUCCUCUGCUUAACCAGCAAACACCAUUCCACUGCUAUUUAGUUUUAUUUGACAAUGUGGUGUUUUGAUGGCUUAUUCCCAAAACCUGUACAGCCCACUGUGUGAUGGGAGAAUCCAUAACGGAUUCAGAUUCACUUGCGCUAAAGUUGCUCAAAGCACCCAAGCUUAAAAGGUCAGAAAUGUCUGAAUUGGAGAAAUUAUUUUAUCCCAUGUUUUCUGUCACAUUUUCUAAAUUUUUUCUUUCUUUCUCUUCCACCAUCCACUCAGUACUCUCUUCAAAAGGCAUAUUUAAAUGGGUUCUCUGGAAUAGAGUUUGAUAUAUAUUUUUUAAUACAUCUUAAGUAGAUGUUAUCCAUGGUUCCGUUAUAGAACAACCAGGAUUAGAGUUGUACAUAGUAUUAAAGUAAAUUAUUUAUUGGUGGAACCAUUACCAAAAUUCUCUGUGGCUUUACAUCUAAUUACAAUUGACUUUUUUAUUGUACUGCAUUUACUCUUUAAUUUCUUAAGCACCUUUAACAAGCUAGUAAUCCCCCAAAACUGUCAGUUGUAACUGUUGCAUAGUUUCUAUUCAGUAUUUCUUGGAAGCAUUAGGUCUUGAUAUCUAAGCUCGUUUUAGAAACGUAGUUCUCAGUUCUAAACAUGUACUGUUCUCCUUCCUAAAGAGAACAGGUAUCUGAUCCAAUAGAGUUGUAUAUUUUGUGCAAUGGCUACAGUAUAAUACUUUUCCCUUUUUUGUAUGUUUGUUUUUUUGUUUUGUUUUUAUUUUUAUGCUACUGGGGAGUUUUGUACAUGGAGUAGCUAAGACACUUUCACUGUCGUGUGAUGCCAACAAUGUAAUGUUCCAACAAACUUAGGGAAAACAAGUGGUGAAGUCCAAUGAAAUCUGUCGUCAUGUGAUUUUAAAUUGCCUAGAUUUAGAUAUAGCUAUAUGGAUGAUGCGUGUCGUGUUCUGCAUUCAGAGAUGAUGCACAAGCAAGGUCUGAAAUUAGACUGACCGUCUCAAAGUGUAUUUGAACCAACUUUGGACAAGCUGGACACAAACUGCCGCAAUUCGACAUACCCUUUUAAAGUGUUUUAAGGGAUGAUUUUACAGCUUGGUUUCUACUGUUUUAAAAAAAAAAAAUCUUUCCUUCUGUUUAUUUAUAGAUUUGUUUUCGUUUGGGUUGGGUUCUUUUUCUAGCCAAAUGUUUGCCCAUUGUUAGGACAGACGUGCAGCCUGUAUGGGACUCUGUGAAAGGACAUGAGGAUUGUACAAGACGCUGUGUGUUGCUGGGGGGUCUGACCCUCGAUAGAGGUCAGAGAUUAGGAAAUGGUGCAAGCCAGAGAACAGACACAAAUAUCUCAACAUUUUACACAUACUGCUACGCUCUUGUUUUUGAUUAUAUGACCUUCCAGAACAAAUACUAGUAUUUCUAUUUACUUAACAUGCAUUUGGUGACAGGUUGCAAAUGAAUCGUAACCAAGAUUUGCUGCAGGUUGAUACUUUAAAAGGGUUUGUUGGUUGGUUUGUUUUCCUUUGUAUUUUUUUCUGUGAUUACUUGAAAUACUUUAGGAGUGUGUCUCUGGGGGUGCCUCUGAAGGGUUGACCAUAUGCCAGUCUCAUCAAGAAUUACAUGCCUUUUUAAGUGAUGAUGAUGGGGGCAUUACAAAGCAAAAGGAAAGUAAGUAUGUGUGUGUGUGUGUGUGUGUGUGUGUGUGUGUGUGUGUGUGUGUGUGUGUGUGUCAUACUGGUAAAUAUGCUUUUUUUUUCUGGUGCAUAUUUGUAGAAAGAUGAGAGAAAAUCAGUAUGUAUAAUCUUUGACUAUUUACAAAAAAAAGCUAUUUAUGAAUACAGUAUAGUGUAUAUUAAACUGCAGAAGGCUAACAAAUGUGA